AUGUAUGAUUUCGUUGUUAUUGGUGGAGGUUCUGGUGGCUUAGCUUGUGCUAAAGAAGCUUCACAAUUAGGACAAAAAGUUGCUGUAUUAGAUUUUGUGAAACCAUCAACACAAGGUACAAAAUGGGGUCUGGGAGGAACCUGUGUCAAUGUUGGGUGUAUACCAAAGAAAUUGAUUCAUCAAGCAGCAUUAUUAGGUCAUUCUAUACAAGAUGCUAAAUAUUAUGGUUGGAAUAUUCCAUCAGAUAUUACACAUUCAUGGGAAUCAAUGUGUGAUAAUGUACAGAAUUAUGUUAGAUCUUUAAACUGGGGACAUAGAGUUCAACUUAAAGACAAAAAUGUAGAGUAUAUUAAUGCUGUGGGUACAUUGGUUGAUAAACAUACAGUGAAAACUGUUGAUGGUAAGGGAAAAGAGAGGUUGUUAUCUACAGAUAAUAUAGUAAUAGCAGUUGGUGGUAGACCCAGAUUACCAGACAUACCUGGUGCUUUACAAUAUUCAAUAACUAGUGAUGAUCUCUUCUGGAUGACCAAGCCUCCUGGAAAGACGCUGGUUGUUGGUGCUAGCUAUAUUGCCUUAGAAUGUGGAGGUUUUUUAACUGGUUUAGGUUUUGAUACGACUGUAAUGGUUCGAUCUAUUUUAUUACGAGGAUUUGAUCAGCAAAUGGCAAACCAUAUAGGAGACUAUAUGUCUAAUAAUGGAACUAAAUUUCUAAGAGAAUGUAUACCAACAGAGAUAAAGAAAACCUCUACAGGCCAAUACAGUGUAACUUAUAGUGAUAAGAAUAAAAAUACACAUAAUGAUAUGUUUGAUACAGUUCUUAUGGCUGUAGGACGUAAUGCUGUUACUGGUAGUGUAAAUCUAGAGAAUAUAGGAGUAGAAUUAGAUACUACUAGUAAAAAGGUAAUAGGUGGUUAUAAAAACAACAGUGAAAGAAGUUCUAUUGAUAAUAUCUAUGCUAUUGGUGAUGUUCUUUAUAAUAAGCCAGAGUUAACACCUGUAGCUAUAAAAGCAGGUAAAUUAUUGGCUCAACGACUUUUUAACAAUCAAACACAAGCUAUGGAUUAUCAAAAUGUUCCCACAACAGUAUUUACACCAAUAGAGUAUGGUUGUGUUGGUCUUUCAGAAGAAUCUGCUGUAGAGAAAUUUGGAGAAGAGAAUCUUGAGAUAUAUCAUGCUUUCUAUAAACCUUUAGAAUAUGCCAUGGUAACAGAACGUGACGUUUCACAGUGUUAUAUAAAGUUGAUUUGUGAACGCCAGUCACCACAUACAGUGUUAGGUUUACAUUUAUUGGGGCCAAAUGCUGGAGAAGUUAUUCAGGGAUUUUCAGUUGCUGUUAGAAAUGGUAUAAGUUAUGAAGGUAUUAUAAAUACUGUAGGAAUACAUCCAACAUGUGCUGAAGAAAUAGUCAAAUUAAAUAUUAGUAAGAGAUCAGGGUUAGAUCCAACAGUAACAGGUUGCUGA